AUGAUUGUAGCAGUUGUUGGAUGUACACAUGGGGAACUGGAUUUGGUUUAUAACACAUUAAAUAAAUUAGAGAAAGAAAAUAAUUUUAAAGUUAAUAUAGUAAUAUGUUGUGGUGAUUUUCAAAGUAUUCGAUAUAAUAUUGAUAAUGAAUCCUUAAAUGUACCUAAUAAAUAUAAAAAAGAAGUAAAUGACUUUACAAAAUAUUUUAGCGGAGAAAAAAAAGCAAAAAUAUUAACAAUUUUUAUUGGAGGUAAUCAUGAAGCUAUGAAUGUUUUGAAACAAUUAUAUUAUGGUGGUUGGGUUGCUCCAAAUAUUUAUUAUUUAGGAUAUUCAAAUGUUCAUAAUAUAAAUGGCAUAAGAAUAUGUAGUCUAAGUGGUAUAUACAAAAAAUAUAAUUUUUAUAAAACAUAUAAUGAAUGCUAUCCAUAUAAUAAUGCUUCUAAAGUAAGUGCAUAUCAUAUACGCAAAUAUGAAAUUGAAAAAUUAAAAAUAUUAAAAAAUAAAGUUGAUAUAAUUGUCACUCAUGAUUGGCCAAAUAAUAUUGAAAAACAUGGAAAUUUAAAUGACUUAUUAAAAUCUAAAUCUUAUUUCAAAACAGAAAUUUUAACUAAUACAUUAGGAAAUCCACAAACCGAAAUUUUGUUAAAUAAAUUAAAACCAAAUUUUUGGUUUGCAGCUCAUUUACAUGUAAAAUAUUCAUCUAUUUAUAUUCACAAUGAUAAAAUAAAUUAUACCAAAUUUUUAUCUUUAGAUAAAGCUGAGCCUCAUAGGCAUUUUAUACAAAUUUUAAAUUUCGAAAAAAUUCAAAAUUCUUUGCAACUUAAGAUGGAUCAUGUUCCAAACACCCUCAAGUCUGCUCCACAAAAUCUCGACCCCCUAUCUAGCGACCCAGAAAAAGAAACGGAAAAAGUUGAAGCAGAAAAAGGAGAGCCAGAAAAAGUGGAAGCAGAAAAAGAGGGGACUAAUGAUAAUGUGAAUUCCAUUUUGGAAGAAAACCAAAAAUUGGUAGGCACUUCGAUAGAUGAAAAAGAAAAAUAUUAUUUAUGUUAUGACAUAGAAUGGCUAGCUAUAAUAAAAGCUAAUCACAAUUUGAUUUCUAUAAAUAGUGAUAAAAAUUAUAAUUUAGAAGAUUUAAAAUAUCCAACAAAUGAAGAUUUUGAAUUUGUUAAAGAAAAAUUAAAAAAAUUAAAACAAAUUUCUAUAAAUGGAAAACAAUAUUAUCCUAUAAAUGGUUACAAUACACCAAAUUAUAAAAAUUUAAUAGAACAAAGAAAAUAUUUUUUAAAUCUUUUGGAUUUAGAAGAACUUAGUAUAUAUAAUGGCUAUGAACUUAACUUUUUUAAUGAAGAAUUCAAAAAAUUAAAUUAA